UGAAGUUGACACAGGAUGGGCUGGCCGGAGAUGCACAGACUGUUAUGUGGACUUCAGACCCCUCAGGCCAGCGAAACUUUUAUGGUGAACGAAGAUCCCUCCAGAGGCCCCGGACUGCCUGAGUGCUUUGUAGUGUCCGAUUCAUACAGGGAUGAGUUCCACCCCUUCAUCGAGGCCCUCCUGCCGCAUGUGCGUGCCUUCGCCUACACCUGGUUCAACCUGCAGGCGCGCAAGCGCAAGUACUUCAAGAAGCACGAGAAACGGAUGACCAAGGACGAGGAGCGCGCGGUCAAGGACGAGCUGCUGAGCGAGAAGGCCGAGGUCAAGCAGAAGUGGGCGUCCCGGCUGCUGGCCAAACUGCGCAAGGACAUCCGGCCCGAGUUCCGUGAGGAUUUCGUGCUGACCGUCACGGGCAAAAAGCCGCCAUGCUGCGUGCUGUCCAACCCCGACCAGAAGGGCAAGAUCCGGCGCAUCGACUGCCUGCGGCAGGCCGACAAGGUGUGGCGGCUGGACCUGGUGAUGGUGAUCCUCUUCAAGGGCAGUCCUCUGGAGAGCACGGACGGCGAGCGGCUCAUCAAGUCGCCCCAGUGCUCCAACCAUGGCCUGUGCGUGCAGCCACACCACAUCGGAGUCUCCGUCAAGGAGUUGGACCUCUACCUGGCCUACUUCGUCCACACGCCAGAAUCAGGACAAUCAGACAACUCCAACCAGCAAGGAGACGCCGACAUUAAGCCUCCGCCCAACGGCCACUUGAGUUUCCAGGACUGCUUCGUGACUUCAGGAGUGUGGAACGUCACCGAGCUCGUCCGCGUGUCACAAACCCCAGUUGCAACAGCAACUGGUCCGAAUUUCUCACUGGCGGACUUGGAGAGUCCCAGCUACUACAAUAUCAACCAGGUGGCCUUGGGACGCCGAUCCAUCACCUCUACUCCAUCCACCAGGACUGAAAUGGAGCUCUAUGCAAGUCUUCCACGGAGUUCCAACAAGCGCAAGUCCAUCGACGACAGCGAGAUGGAGAGCCCAGUGGACGACGUCUUCUACUCCGGCCGCUCACCCGCCGCCAGCAGCUCCCAGUCCAGCGGCUGGCCCAACGACGUGGAUGCAGUGCAGCACCACUUGGCCAGUGUGCAGGAGAGGAAGAUUAAACAUGAAUCCGAUGGCGUGCAGUUUCCUUACCAUGGACUCUCCUCGCCUGGUUCUCUUAAGAAGCCGGGAAAGUUCGAUUUCAGCGCCCUGUCGCCCCAGACGAGGUCGCCCCGCAUGGCGUUCACCCACCACCCGCUGCCAAUGCUGGCGGGAGUAAGACCAGGGAGCCCCCGUGCCUCGGCCUCCGCCCUGCACUUCCCCUCUUCCUCCAUUAUACAGCAGUCCAGUCCCUACUUCGCCCACCCUACCAUCCGUUACCAUCACCACCCGGGACAAGACCCCCUCAAGGAGUUUGUGCAGUUCGUCUGCUCUGACGGUCCCGGACAAGCCGGCGCACAGCCCAGCGCGAGCGGCCAGACCAAAAUGGCGGGCUCCUUCUUGCUGCCGCCUCCUCCCCCCGUGGCCCGCCCAGUGCCCCUCCCCAUGCCCGACCCCAAACCCAGCAGCACGCCCCCUGACGGCGGACUCAGCUCGCCCGCACCUCCGUCAUACCCCACGCCAGGCCCCACAGCUCCCAACAGGUUUGUCAGCAUCGGAUCACGGGACAACUUUCUGAACAUCCCCCAGCAGACCCAGUCUUGGUUCCUCUGACAAGAGCUGGUUUGAAUUAAGCAACUAUAAUUCUGUAAAUGAAAAUCAGGAAUUAAAAAAAAAAAUGACUCAUCAGAAAUUCACCCCUUAACUUAUCUCAGAAAAAAAACAUUUAUUAAAAAAAAAAAUUCAGAAUGAUCACAAUGAUCGGAAUAAUCAUGAUGCUACCAAUCAAAUAUUUAGAGACAUAAAAAAAAUUAAAAUCAGAAAUCAGAAGAGGAAACGGAAGAUGGAGAGUCAUCUCUCAACCACGGAACAAAGGAGCGACCGCCCCACAGCAAUCGUUAAAAUCUUCGUUUAACAAGAAUGUGGCCUGCAGUGGCAGAGAAGUCAACAAAACUGCUUUUGAGCGAAUAUAAAAAGCAGAGGAAACAACAAAUGAAUGGAGUUAAUUUUAAGUUAUGGUUUUCGGCAGUUUGUAACUGGUUCAGUGCGAGUGCUGAGUCUAUAACCUUUAAUCGGAUCAAAUUGGACUGUCCUGACCUGGAGGUGUGGGUCAGAAAGCGCUUGGUAGGACCCCGUCUCGCUCUGGGGGGGGUCACAGUGUCCUCGUGCCAUGAUGUGGCAUGUGCAGGCCUGCGUCCCCUUUGAGAUCGGUCUGCUCAAGCGUGACAGGAAGUGGAGACUGCGAUCUGAUGCGCCGUACCGUGUAAUUCCACAGACUGGCGUGAAUACUAACACUGCGACCGAACCGGAACCAGCAUGCACUGUCGGAACAUAUGAGGCGUUGGAACACUUUGUACAUCCACGAAUAAAUGAGUAAGGAUCAGUGUAGCCCCCCCCCUCCACGCCGGGUUGACCCCGGUACAUCUGUACAUAUAAACACACAUUAUGUGAGCAUGAAGCAGAGCCAGGCAGAGAGCCACACUGUCACUAUGUGGCACACACAGAACAUACCGGAAUAGCGCCCAGCCCCGCAGCUGAGACGGCUGUCUGCAUCUCACAUCCUCAGCAGGAUUUAUUUUCUCCAUUAGCCCCUUUCUUGCUAUAUUCCCUCUUUUCAUUUCCGUGCAGAUUAUUAUUAUUUUUUUAUUUUAGUUUGGGUUCCUUUUUUAUUCUUGCACUAUCCAUGUUUAAGUUACAGGCGCUCAUCUCAGACCCCCCCCCCCCCCCCAUACAGUAGCACUGACACGUGGCUGGAGGGUCAAAGGCCAAGGCAGUCUGCCAGCUCCUCACCACCAUCCCCCUCUGUAAGGUUUUCAGCAAUGUUAACAUUCCCCAUAGCUUUGGGAUGAUGCCAGUGGGCGGAGUCACCUUUAAUUAUACUUCAGGGCUGUCGGGGAGGCGCUCGCUAGGACUGGAUUCCAAAAAAGUUCUUUCGUAAUUGCAAAUAAAAAUAUUUGUGUGGCAGUCUGCAUCCACACGAAGGGCUUCCUGUGGUAGUCUGCGUCUACACGAAGGGGGUCCUGUGGCAGUCUGCGUCCGCACGAAGGGCUUCGUGUGGAAGUCUCACAACACACAAGACACGUUUUGACUCCCAGGCCUCUUAAGUGACCCCUGUACCAGCUGCAGGUCCUUCCGUUCCGAAUCUGAUCCGUUCCGGUCGCCCUUCACGGCUGUUCCAGGCAGAACCAGGGCCCAUAAAAUUCAGCUCGUUUUCCCUCUUGCACCUCAUACAUCACCAAAAUAGUGACCCACCCCCCCAAAACCUCUAAGCUGACCACCGCAGAGCGUAGUGCUUCAGGACUGUCAUGCCCUCACCGUACCAACUGUAGAGCGCAUAGAGACCACUGGCAGCUUGGAGCCCCCCCCCCUGCACAGCUACAUCACUACACUACCCCAGUCAACACAAUCACCCUAAAGCUCCAGGACAGGAAAGCCCCUUCUUUUGGGUUACAUAAAGCUUUUUAUUUCACUUUCCCAUAUUACUUUUUAAUUUUAGGUAAAUCUUUGUAUAUAUUUCAAAGUUCAAACCACUGACCUCAAAAAAAUUUAAUAAAAAUAACUGGACUGCCUAACAGUUGGUUUCAUUGCAGGGACAACAUUGUAGCCAGACAGUAACCUCCUGAUCAGCUUCAUGGAGAGAUAAGAUGAUUUCAUUUUUCAUCUAUGGAAAGUGCCUCUGUAUUCCCAUUAUGCAAUCUGUUGAACAUGAAGUCAGGUUUUGUCUUUCACAUAUAAGCUUUGAAGAAAUGUUAUGUCUGGGAAUCAUUGGUUUUACAAAUAACAGAUGACUAAAAAAGAUUGCAAGCAUCUUAAGUAAUAUAUAUAUUAUACACAUCUAAAUGUAUUUAUGAAUAUAUACAUUUUUUUAUUUGCAAAAUAGGCAGUCUAGUUAUUUUCAAUGCCUGGCACUGUCAAUGGUACACCUUAAACUGCAAACUUGUAAAAAAAAAAAAAGACUAAAAAAACCUUCACAGUAUCCAGAAAUAUCACAGGAAUUCCACUGCAAAAAUUGCUUUUACAAAAAGAAGUGGCAAUAGAUUCGAGGCAACAGAUACAGCCUAAUUUUCUUGUAUUUUUUUCCAGUUUGGAUGGAAAGUAUUAUUGAGAAAUAAUGUAUGUUGAUUGAGCCAUGUGCAAUGGGUAGAUAAUUGUGUUCGUCUGUUAGAGGUUGUUAAGAGCGUUGAGUGAAAAAAGAGGAAACCUUUUUUUUUUUUUUUUAAAGUCCUUUCGCUUUGGGACUCUAAACACGAGCGGAGAAAAAAUCCUGGUCUUUGUAUGUUUGGGGAAAUUGUUAAAAUCUUGUUUUUGUUUAUUCCCUUUUUAAUGUUUUAUUCAUAAUUGUUUUUAAACAUUCAUGGGAGGGCUGAAGGAACAAUUACAUGGAAUAUCAAGAAAAAUGAUAUAUCACUAAUGAGACUGGUGCUUUUUACUAUAUAAAGUACAUUUAAACUUUAUUAUACAUAAAUAAUGAUAAAGGAAAUUAAGUGUUGUCAUAAAGCACAUUUAGGAAAAAUGCAUUUUCUUCUAUUUCUCUUUUUGUAUCUUGGGGGGGGGGGGGGUUGGUUAUUUUAUUUGCGGUUAUGACAAAAGGCAUUUUUAUUCAACCUUUACGCAGCUCGUUAAGAGUCGUCACCCACAGCAUGGGAGGACGAUCAUCGAUCUCUAACAUGAAAAUCGAAGUGUCCCUUUUACAAACGUCAAAGGCUAGAGGUGAACGUUAGGCCGCACGCAGCUAAGCCGCACGCAGCUAGGCCGGCACGCCACGCAGAGCAGUGCAACACGGGCCCCUAAAUCCAAGUCUGGGGUCGGCAUCCAUAUCUCAGCAGACAGAAUCUAAAGAGAUGCCCUUCCAGCAUCCCAUUACACAGCUGGAGCCAGGAGCCAAGAGCUUCAGGCUCUGAGCACGCACACACAAACAUGCGACACACAAGCAAACAUGCGUGCUUUCUAUGCCCGUCUUCAGCAGCGGUCUUGGACAAGAUCUUCCCAGAUUUGGAAGAUGCAUCAGACAGUGGGAAGCUGCCCCUAGCUGACACUGAGCAGUGCCGAAAGAGACGAGCGGAGUGGUCUAUGACAUGGACUCUCUUCUUGUCGAUACAGCAGAUCAGCACCUCUGUCCCAGCACUCCGGGUGGAGAGCAGAUGCACAUUCACGUGACGGUCACACAUCCAUGCGGUCAUGCAGUGCAGAUUUGGAGCAUUUAAAGGUUGUCCCUGAAAAGUGCCUUUUGUCCACAGAUUCCAACUUGUAAUCCAGAGUGCCCUUCUCAGUCCCUUUCCUCUUCCUCCUUCUGUAUCCUCCUCUUCUUCUAGCUUUUCAAAGCCGUAUAUAUAGUACUAAAGACAAUUGGUGUGAUUUAGCUCUUUUUAUCGUUAAAUGAUUAAGAAAAUACAAAAGGCAAAAAAAAAAAAUGUCUUUCUCUUGCUUUCCUCUGUCUAUCCUUUUUCUCUCUUGGACACUGGAGUAGUCUAGCUGUGCAUCUGUCCCCCCUCCCCAACCCCAAGCAGAGGGGUUUAUAAAAAUUUGCAAAAUCUUUCGUCUGAGCAGAAUGCAGUAAGCUCAUGUUAUUCUUGUCUGUACGCUUCACGAUGUAUCACCAUACCCAACUCUUCAGCUUCUCCAUUGAACAGCUAAUGUAAGUGAACAAGUUACGCCUAUGGGCUCUUAUGGGUAGCGGCUUUGGGGGGGGCCGGCAAUAUUGGGUGAUUUACCUUGGUGUGGGGGGGGGUGUAAUAAAUGGGGAGAGGGUAUUAUUUGGCCUUGAGAUUACUCAGUCAAAGGAACUUGAUUUGCGGUCACAAGUCGGGGGUCACAAGGGGACGACAUACGAAUUGUGUUUUAAGCUAUUUAUUCUGUUUUUUAUAAUGAAAUUUGGUUUUGCUUUGAUAUUUUUGUCAUUUGAGGAAAAACAAAGUAGGCAAGAUAUAGGCAGCAGGAAUUUAUGCUAAUAAUUUUGCAUUGUAGAGAAAUUGCACCUUUUCAGUGGUUGUAUGAGACCAUCUGUUUAAAGUAUUAAGCGGGAAAUAGUACCUGAGAGCUCAAAGCACCUUAUAACCGCCUGAGUUCAUGCACGGCUGGGCGCAGCAGCUGAAGUUUACACAGAGAAACCCUAAAUUCAAGGUUUCAGAAUGAAGAAACUUAAUCUGGAUUUAGCCUGAGGCUUUUUGAUUAUCUCCUAGGCUGCCUGUACAUUUGUUUCCCUGUGGAGACAGUAAAGUUGAGAAAAGUCUUGGCAUUAGUUGAACAUGAGAAACUGAAAAUAAUAGGUUGACCAUGCACUGGUUAAAAACGUAACCCCUCCUGCUGCCCUCUACUGGAAAUGGGGCAGCCCUGCGCUCAGUUUGCAUGGACCAGCCAUGUUUUUGUUCUGUUUGUUCUGUAGCACCGUAUAGGCCAGGCUAUGAGUGGCCCCGCCCCCCACUGUGACCUCAGCGUCUGUGUUCCAGAAAGCCCUGCCCCUAGAGCCCAUGGUGAAAUGCAUGUGUUAAUUACUGUUUUUUUUCCAUGAUAAUAAAAGCAGUUCCUAAAGAACAGCACCUUUAACUGGUUGAAUAAAAGGAUGUUCUUGGCUGUAA